GAGGCGGGGACGAGGCCAAAGCGCUUAUCCUCAACCAAUAUGGGGUCCUAGGUGCGUGGUCAGACAGCCCGAAGAAGGCGGAGGCAGGGUGCGUGGUCUCACAGCCCGAAGAAGGCGGAGGCGGGGACGAGGCCGGCGCGGACGAGGCCGGAGAGCUUGUCCUCAACCAAUAUGGGGUUUCAGGGAAAGCGGAGGCGGCGCAGCCGCGAAGAGGUGCAGCCGCCACGCUUAUCCUCAACAAGAAUGACGCUUAUCCGGUGCCAGGCGAAGAGGUGCAGCCGCCACGCUUAUCCUCAACCAGAAUGGGGGCCAGGGGAAAGAGGCGAAGAGGUGCAGCCGCCACGCUUAUCCUCAACCAGAAUGACGCUUAUCCGGUGCCAGGCGAAGAGGUGCAGCCGCCACGCUUAUCCUCAACCAGAAUGGGGGCCAGGGGGAAGAGGCGAAGAGGUGCAGCCGCCACGCUUAUCCUUAACCAGAAUGCCUCAACCAGAAUGGGGGCCAGGGGAAAGAGGCGAAGAGGUGCAGCCGCCACGCUUAUCCUCAAGCAGAAUUGUGCGGAGGCGGGGACAAGGCGGGGACAAGCAACCAAUAUGGGGUCCCCGGUGCGUGGUGUCAACCUGAAGAAGACGGAGGCGGGGACAAGGCCGGAGCGCUUAUCCUCAACCAACAUGGGGUCCCAGGUGCGUGGUCUCAACCUGAAGAAGACGGAGGCGCAUGCAGAAGUGGUUGCUUAUCCUCAACCAAUAUGGUCUCCCAGGGACAAGGCCGGAGGGCUCGCAUGGAGAGGUGGUGCGCUUAUCCUCAACCAAUAUGGGGCACCAGGUGCUUAUCUUCAACCUGAAGAAAGACAGAGACGGGACGAGGCCGGAGGGCUCGCAUGCAGAA